AUGCCCAGGGCCCCCAGGAACCACAGCAAGACCUACAAGGUCCCCCGUCGCCCCUUCGAGUCGGCUCGCCUCGAUGCUGAGCUCAAGCUCGCUGGAGAGUACGGUCUCCGCAACAAGCGUGAGAUCUGGCGCAUCUCGCUCGUCUUGUCCAAGAUUCGUCGUGCUGCUCGUGAGCUCUUGAAGCUCGAGGCCAAGGACCCCAAGCGUCUCUUCGAAGGUAACGCCUUGAUCCGUCGUCUCGUCCGUAUUGGUGUGCUCGACGAGACCCGCAUGCGUCUCGAUUACGUAUUGGCCUUGAAGAUUGAGGAUUUCUUGGAGCGCAGGCUGCAGACCCAAGUCUUCAAAUCCGGUCUCGCCAAGUCGAUUCACCACGCUCGCGUAUUGAUUCGCCAGAGGCAUAUUCGUGUUGGCAAGCAGAUUGUCAAUGUCCCCUCCUUUGUCGUUCGUCUUGACUCUCAAAAGCACAUCGACUUUGCGCUCACUUCUCCCUACGGCGGAGGACGCAAGGGUCGUGUACACCGCAAGCGUGCCGCCGCGGCCGCCAACAAGGACGCUGGCGGAGACGACGAGGACGAGGAGUAG